CCUGGAGCAGUGCAGGAUGGUCGCGGAAACAAAAUGGCGGAUUUUGAGGAGCUAAGGAUGCAUUACGGUCACAUUUGGUAAGGAUUUGUAAAGGAAAAAAAGGAUAAACACGUAAGAACAAUCAAGCAUGGAUCAUAUAAUGAAGGAGUAUGGUGUCGAGUUUCCGUGUAUCAGAGCUGCAGGUAUUGCUGGGCUUUGCCGGUCGGAACAAGAGCGGGCGUAAACAUGAGCUGCUGCUGAGAGCCCUGCACCUGCUAAAGAGUGGCUACAGCCCGGCCGUGCAGAUCAAAAUCAAGGAGCUGUAUCGACGGCGCUACCCCCGAACUGUAGAUAGCCUUCCCGACCUGUCCGCCCUCAAGCCCUCCGUGUUUUCCCUGGAAGGCAGCCCUUCCUCCCUGGACUCGGACCUCGCUCUCGGGGGCAGGCAGUCCCGGGGGUCAGGCUCCGUGGCCCAGCACCUGGUAUCCCACAAUUCUGUGCUUUUGCACGACACCAAACCCAGUAUGGACACACCCCCCAUCCCCCCUGUCCACCCCGACGUGCAGAUGAAGCCCCUCCCCUUCUACGACGUGCUGGAUGUCCUCAUCAAGCCCUCCAGCCUCGCGGCCAGCAGCAUCCAGCGUUUUCAGGAGAAAUACUUCAUCUUCGCUUUGACCCCACAGCAGGUUCGAGAAGUCUGCAUUUCGAGGGAUUUCCUCCCUGGGGGCAGAAGAGAUUACAUGGUCCAGAUUCAGCUGAGGUUUUGCCUUGCAGAGACCAGUUGCCUUCAAGAGGACAAUUAUCCCAACAGUUUGUGCAUUAAAGUGAAUGGGAAGCUUUUCCCUUUGCCGGGUUACGCUCCGCCCCCAAAGAAUGGCGUGGAGCAGAAGAGGCCGGGCCGGCCUCUGAACAUAACGUCAUUGGUCAGGCUGUCCUCUGCCGUGCCCAAUCAGAUUUCAAUCACGUGGGCCCCUGAAAUCGGGAAGACAUACUCCAUGUCCGUGUACCUGGUCCGGCAGCUCACGUCUUCCCUUCUGCUGCAGAGGCUGAAGAUGAAGGGCAUCAGGAACCCUGAUCACUCAAGGGCACUAAUAAAAGAAAAGCUGACCGCAGAUCCCGACAGUGAGGUCGCCACAACCAGCUUACGAGUCUCGCUCAUGUGUCCGCUGGGUAAGAUGCGGCUGACGGUGCCCUGUCGAGCGGCCACCUGCUCCCAUCUGCAGUGCUUCGAUGCGGCGCUCUACCUGCAGAUGAAUGAGAAGAAGCCCACCUGGAUCUGCCCCGUCUGUGACAAGAAGGCCGCCUACGAGACGCUCAUCAUCGACGGGCUCUUCAUGGAGAUCCUGAACGGCUGCUCGGAUGUUGACGAGAUCAAAUUCCAGGAAGACGGAACCUGGUGCUCGAUGAAGCCCAAGAAGGAGGCCCUGAAGAUGUCGUCGCACUGUAUCCCCAAAGUGGAAAGCUCCAGCCUGGUCAGGCAGUGCGCUGCAGUGGCCCCCCCCAGUGAGCACAGCAGCAGGAAGCUCGACAUCAUCGACCUGACGCUGGAGAGCUCCUCUGAGGAAGAGGAGGAGGAGGAAGACCCACCUCUGAAGAAGAGGUGCCUCUACAUGGCCAAGCAGGAGGAGGUACAUGGGAAGGGGGUGCUGACCUACCAGCCAUCGACGAUGCGAGUGCCAAACAUCCAGACCCUGGACACGUCUUACCUGGCGUCCUCAUUGGCCGAAUACGCCGUUCCAUUCCACCACUCCACCUUAUCCACAAUUCCCACAGACAUGCAGAAUUUUUUCACGCUAUUUCAAGGAGACCCUCAGCAUUACCGCCCACCUGUGUCCCUGGCCCCGCCCACCCUGCUCAACCCCACCUCCGGACAGUACGAUGGCCCCGCCCACAGCACAAGCUCCUCCCACAGCGACACCGGCGUCAUCACGGCAGGAUGUGGCACCAGCAUUUCAGACAUCAUUUCCUUGGACUAAGCCAUGCCCAGGAAGUCAGGAAUAUCUAUCAUAUUUGUAGGAAUAUCAGCAGUUUGUAUCGAAACUCACCCGUGCAUUUACCUCCACACUGCUGAAAGAUGGUUAUUUUAUAUUUAAAAAAUAAUAAUGUACAUUUGCCUUUUAACUGAAGUGAAGUGGAGGACAGACAGCCUGUGGCCAUUUUGAAUGUUGAACGAUCGUGUUAAUGUAUCUCCUUUAGACAGCGUGUGGCCAUUUCGAAUGUCGGAACGACCGUGUUAAUGUAUCUCCUUUUAGACAGCGUGUGGCCAUUUUGAAUGUUGAACGAUCGUGUUAAUGUAUCUCCUUUAGACAGCGUGUGGCCAUUUUGAAUGUUGAACGAUCGUGUAAAUGUAUUUCCUUCCGUGUGGCGUGUGGCCAUUUUGAAUGUUGAACGAUCGUGUAAAUGUAUUUCCUUUCAUGUGGCGUGUGGCCAUUUUGAAUGUUGAGCGAUCGUGUAAAUGUAUUUCCUUUUUGACAGAGCGUGGCCAUUUUUAAUGUUGAACGAUCGUGUAAAUGUAUUUCCUUUCAACGGUUGAUUCUCGGAACGUCUGACACAAGCUUUUGGGGAGGCAGUCCAACUUAGGCGUAAUAUUGUUAACCAGUUUAAUAUGAUGCAGCUUUUGUUUUCCUUUGUUUAGGCCGAGUCUGUUAUAGCAAUAAAACAAGCUUCCCGGACACGCGUGUUGGGAAACAGGCCUCUACCUGUGGUGGGUUGUCUGGAUUGCACCAGCGGUUCUUUCCUUGCACUUAACGGUUUGUUUGUUUGUACUGGGUGUAUUACUGCAUUGUGUUUCCUUUUUAAAUAAGUGUCUGCAGUUAAUUUUAUAAAGGGACUUCAAGGAUUGAAUGUCCUCCGAUGGAAUAAAUAACAUUUUCUCAAUUUAUAAAUA